AUGCAGUUGCCUUGCCUUCUUUUUGCCUUGAUUUUCCCCGUGUUAAUACACCGGGUCGAAUCAGGCAGAUGGAGCAGCAAGACAAACUCUCUUCUCUCCCCAGACUACCUUUCAGCCUUGGGCGCCCAAGAGGCGGCCAAGCGAGCUAGCAGCAGUCAUAAGGCGACAGCAAAACUCAGGGAGGAGACUCUUGCAGCACAUUCCUUGGUGCAACAGUGGGUGGAGAAGCACCACAGGGUCGCCACUGCCAAAGGCACUAUCCCUCAGUUGGGGGUUCAUCCUGAACACGAGUGGGACUACAAAGAACACGGGGCUGAUUGGAACCAAGGAAAAUGUAAAACGGGUACAAGGCAGUCUCCUGUUGACUUGCAUAUCGAGGGUCUGGAGGAGCCUUCGCAGAAGAACAUGAUGCAGCUGUACAUGGGUGCAUUCUCUGGAGGUCAAGGGUCCCCUCGUCCCAGCAGGCUGUGGAAAAAGGGUGACUUUUUCUACACGUAUCCUAGCCAGCUUAGUAAUGUACUGCUGUAUCGAACGGAAAAGGUGUUUCAACUACGCUCUUCUGGAAAAGGCUUCGUCCCCCUUGGUGCCUUGUUUGGGUCUGACACAACAGAGAUGUUUGUAGCACAUCAGAUCUUGUUUCACUCUCCCAGUGAGCACACCUUUCAAGGUGAAGCGAACAGAAGAGAAAUAGAAAUGCAAAUAUGGCACUACUCAAAUGAUCUACUCUCCAUGGAGGCUAGCAAGAGCGUCAACCUCACCACGCUCCCGUACAUGGGACUUUUUGCUCAAAGCAGUGUGAACCUGCCGGAAGUAGAGAGCGUAAUACUUGAAAACAACAGAAGCGGAAAGGACCCUGAACUGCCUUCUUCCCACUGGAGGGUGAUCUCUCUCACUUUCAUGAGUGAAGAGCUAGACCAAGCCAGCCUUGAAGAACUUAGGGGACUUCCUUCGGAAAGGCUGUUGAGAUCCCUGCUCAUGGCAGAGGGACAAAGCAAUGAAAGUAAUGGCGACUCAGUGCUACUUGAACUACCCCACACCUUGAACCUGCAAUCCUUGAUGAUGAUGCUGCAGCUAACAAAUGAGGAGUUCUUUGCUUAUGAUGGAAGCCACACAAUGCCUGGGUGCGAGGAGAACGUGCGAUGGUAUGUUGCUAGGCAACCGCUGCCCGUGGCAACUGACACCAUGCUGCGUUUCUACAAAAUGCUAAACCCUAAGAGUAUGAAGUCAGUUAAGGAAAAGGAUGGCAACUUUAGGCAGCUCCAGAAUGUAGAAGGUAACAUGCACAACGACGGCAACGUCUUCCUUGUACAAGGGUUCCCCCUGCAAGUGCUUAUUGCCGACAGCCUUGGAUUUAUCAAUAUGUCAGACCCAGCGGAAAUUAGCGCCAGCUCGUUUGAAGGCUGGUUUCAGGAAAGCCAUGCAACGCUGUCUGUGCCCGCGUGGACUGUUUUUUGGGCUGUUGGCGUGCUGGCUCUUGUGACUGCAAUACGAUAG